UGCAAUUUGGGACAAGACAUUACAGCUGUUGUUCAGGAAAACCUACAAUGGACGACGACGACAGUGGUGAUGUAGAAUAUUUUUGUUCUGACAUUUUUGACUUUGAAACCCUCAGUGGUGCCUUCUUCAUUUUGGUCUUCAUCGUCAGUGUCAUAGGCAACAUUCUCCUCUUAUGUGUUCUUGUUGUCUAUGAGAACCUGAAAAAUGUCCCAAAUCUGUUCAUCCUGAACCUGGCCUGCUCUGAUUUGGUCUUUACUGUCACACUUCCAUUCUGGGCCGUCAAUCAACUGCACCACUGGGUCUUUGAUGACUUUGCCUGCAAAUUUAUGACUGCGGGAUACAUUGUUGGUUUGUACUGUAGCGUCAUUCUGCUGACUGCCAUGACUGUGGAUCGCUUCAUAAUAGUGGUGCUGCACAAAUGGCCAAGCAAACCUGUACGGAGGCAGAGGUGUGCAAUGGCCGCCUGUGCAGCUGCCUGGAUCAUCAGCAUUGCUGCAUCCGUGAAUGAUGCUAUCAAAGUAAAGGUGGUAACCAAUCAAUCUGAUUUUCACUUGUGUGGGGAUUCCUCUGAUGGCCCUGAUGUACACCUGGGAUAUUAUCUCCAAGUGUCACUGCUCUUUUUCCUCCCAUUUACCAUCAUUGUUUUCUGCUAUUUUGCCAUCCUCAAGACUGUUUUGCAGGCUUCAAACAGAAAAAGGUACAGGACUGUAGUGGUGGUGUUAUGUAUUGUUACAGCCUUCUUCAUCUGCUGGGGACCUUACAGUAUUUUGAUUUUCAUGGCCACUUUGUACACACCCACAGGCUGUAAUGCGAUUGAACGCUUCGAAAUUGCCUAUUCUAUUAGUCGUAUACUUGCUUAUUCUCACUGCUGUGUGAACCCGCUGCUGUAUGUGCUCUCACAAAAGCUGCGAAGACAUGUCUUGCAACUUCUACACUGCGAGAAUGCCAGGAGGAAGAACAGUAAGAGAGACACUGGCCAGAACACUUCUCUUAUUCAGAAUGUGGCUUUUACAGCACAAAACUCUGCUGUUAUGUUUGAGCUACCCUCCAAAUAGACAUUCACUUUUGAAAUGAAACAUUUAUUCAAUCUGUAAAUGCUUUUAUGCAAUAUAGUUUGAAUCCGAUUAAUUUUAAGUUUCAUUUUUUAUGUUGUGCAUAUUUCUUUACAAAUAAGUGGGUCUAUUUUUAUUUAAAUGUCUUUUAAAUGUACCAAGUAAAGUGUGAUAAGUGUAAAAAUAAUCUAAAGCAUGUAUGUAUGUAUGAUGAUGGGUGUAGAAAUGCUUUCACUGCUGCACUUUUUUCUCAGCCCUUAUGAAUGAACAUUGCUGUGCUGUUACUGUAAUAUUUUUGAAUAAAAGUAAGCUGGAGUCUAGUUUUGCUGUUUUUUCAAACCAAAUGUUGUGACAUAGUUUGAUAGGCUGGAUGUUAAAUUAUGCUGUGCAAGCACGUUUCUCUAAGAAAAGUCGCAGACGGAGUGAAACUAUGACAUUGACUUAAUAAGACACAUAUAAAAUACAUUACUGAGACUAUCAGCGAGCAGUACCUGGAGUGACACUGAGUGUAUGGUCAACGUAAGGUUUCUUUUUGCAUAUUAUGUCUCUGAAAUAUGUUACAACAUAUUCAUUCAUGUAUUUAUUCAGUUUGGCAAAUUAUUUAUGUAAAUAUUGAAGGGAAAGCUUGAG